AUGAAUGGCUUACAGCCAAUGCCUUUGUUCGAACCGAAGGCUGAUCCAACGAAUACAAGCGCUCGAUGGACACAAUGGAUUCAACGUUUUAAAACAUAUUUAGUCGCUACGAAUGUGAAGGAUACUGCACGUCAAAGAGCACUUCUGCUGUACCAAGCUGGGCCUGAAGUUCACGAAAUAUUUAAAAUACUGCCAGACACAGGAGACGAGAAAGAUUACGAAGCAGCUGUCAACGCCCUCACUGCAUAUUUCGAACCGGAGAAAAGUCGUAUUUACCGAACAUAUAUGUUUAGACAAGCAGCGCAACAAGAUAAUGAAACAAUAGAUGAAUUUCACACACGCUUGAGAAGAUUAGCAAAGCAUUGUGAGUUCACUGAUGUUGAAUUUGAGAUAAAAAUGCAAAUUGUGUGCAAUGGGACAUCUUCAAGACUGCGUAAGAAAGCGUUGAAAGAAAGCAAUUAUUCACUGAAAGAUAUGUUGAUCGAUGGUCGCAAAUCUGAAACCAGUAUAGCCCAAGCCAGUGGGAUGGAAGAAAAAUUUAAAGAUGUACAACUUAAUCAAGUGGAGAGAAGACCAGCUGAAUCUAUGUGUUAUAAUUGUGGAUUUGCUUACCCUCAUGGGGAUCGCCCGUGUCCAGCUGCCAAUUCAACUUGUAAUGCGUGUGGUAUACUUGGUCAUUUUUCGAGAGUGUGUCGAAAGAAACAAUCGCGUCGUUUUCCCAAGUCACAACUUCCAAAAGAAUCGCCCCGACGAAGAGAACAAUCAAAAGAACAAUUGAAAUCAGAAUCCAAACAAAAAAAUCAUGCACGGGCAGUCAACAAACAUCUCGAUUCCUCGACGGAGACCAGUUCAGAAGACGAUUAUGUGUACGCAGUGAAGAACAAAACCAAAGACCACCCAAAGACGAAAACAAACAUACGGAUAAAUUCAACUAACAUUAAUUUCAUUGUUGAUACAGGAGCCACAGUUGAUGUCAUCGAUUCCCAAACGUACGAUCGCCUCAAAUCCAGCGUAAAAUUGUGCAAGAGUGCCACACAGAUAUUUGCUUAUGGCUCGGAUAAACCACUACCUCUUAAAGGUCAAUUUCAGGCAACCUUGGAGUCGAACAAACGUUAUACUGUCUCGGUUAUUCAUGUUGUCGAAGGUGGCUCUGGAAAUCUACUUAGUGCCAAAACCGCUCAAGAUUUGGCAUUAAUUCAAUUGGUAAACAAAGUCACUGAACUUGAGACGCCACUGAAACCGGAAGUUUCUAAACCGGAAGUCAUUUCGAAGAAUAUGGAAAACACCGGAAAAAGCAAUAAAAGCACGGAUAAAAGCCAGCCAGCGCUUGCAUCAACGCCGAAAUGCGCCGAUAAAGAUAUCCAGGAAAUUAUUGAUAAAUAUGCAAAUGUUUUCGUUGGUGAAGGAAAAUUGAACACUCAACAAGUCGGGUUGCAUAUUAAUAAGAAUAUUAAACCGGUAGUUCAGCCGCAGCGCCGGAUACCUUAUCAUAUUCGCAAAGAUGUAUCAAAAGAGCUAGAAAAAUUGAUGGAGAAAGAUAUGAUCGAAAGAGUCUGUGACCAACCUACACCCUGGAUUUCGCCCGUUGUGUGCACCCCAAAGAAGGAUGGCGGAACACGAAUCUGUGUUGAUAUGAGGGCAGCCAAUGAAGCGAUUGAGCGGGAAAGACAUAUCAUGCCAACCCUUUCCGACUUUCGUGCUGAGAUGAAUGGAUCGAAAUAUUUCUCGAAGAUCGAUCUAAAACAAGCCUACCAUCAGUUAGAACUGACCGAAGAAAGUCGCUACAUAACCACAUUUUCGACACAUGAAGGCCUCUUUCGUUACAAACGACUGAACUAUGGAACAAACAGUGCACCAGAAAUAUUCCAAAACAUUUUGCAACAACACCUUAGUGACAUUUGUGGAGUAAAGAAUAUCGCAGACGAUAUAAUCGUUCACGGGAAAACACGAAAGCAACACGAUGAAGCCUUAGAAAACUGCUUGAAACGACUAGAUGAACUCAACUUAAAAGCGAAACCCGAGAAGUGUAGUUUCCUACGCAACGAGAUUAACUUCUAUGGUCUCAUUUUUACAGCAACCGGAACAAGACCUGAUCCAGCAAGAGUAGAAAAUUUGGUCAAAGCCAGAGCACCAAAGAAUGCCAGCGAAGUACGCAGUUUUUUGGGUCUAGCUAACACGUGCCGAGAGUAUGUUCCAGAGUAUGCUGAAAUUACUACACCGCUGAGGAAUCUCACAAGAAAAAGUGUCGCUUUCACAUGGAACAAUACUCACCAAAGAGCCUUUGAGAAGAUCAAAAAGAAAUUGACACAAGCUCCUACUAUGGCUUAUUUCGAUACAGAGAAAAGAAGCUUGCUUAUUGUUGAUGCAUCGCCUUUGGGAAUUUGUGCAAUCUUAGCACAACGAGAAAAGUCCGGAGAACUGUACCGUAUUAUCUCCUACGCAAGUAGAGCCCUGUCUCCAGUUGAAAGUCGAUAUUCUCAGACAGAUAUUGAAGGUUUGAGUCUAGUUUGGGGAAUUAAACACUUUCGACUGUUCCUUCUAGGUAGUGAGUUCGAUGUCUAUACUGACCAUAAAGCUCUGGAAGCAAUCUUCAAUAAUCCGAAAUCUAAGCCUCCAGCUCGUAUAGAGCGCUGGAUGUUACGGUUGCAACCGUACAACUUCCGUGUGAUUUACAAGAAGGGAACAAUUAAUGAAGCUGAUUAUUUGAGCCGUCAUCCUACCAGCACUCAAGAAAAAACCACAGUCGAAGAAAAGAUUGCAGAUAAUUAUGUAAACUAUAUCAUUAACAACGCGCCUACAAAGUCAAUGACACUCCAAGAAAUCAAGGAUGCCACCCUGUCAGACGCAACUUUAAGCAGAGUUGUGGAAUGCUUAAAAACAGGGAAAUGGGACGAGAAGGAUGUAGAACUCAAAUCUUAUCACAUGUGUGCGGAAGAACUAACAGCAACGAAAGCAGGAGACCUUCUUCUGAAGGGAAGCAGAAUUGUUUUACCAAAUUCAUUACAAGACCGUGCAACGCAACUUGGCCAUGUGGGACACCAGGGAAUAGAAAAGACUAAAGCGCUAUUACGAGAGAAAAUUUGGUAUCCUGGAAUGGAUAGUAAAAUUAAAACCAUUGAAAACUGUGCGGCUUGUCAAGCUGUUGGUCCCGGUAGUCCACCUGAACCGAUGAGGAUUACGCCUACAGCAACGGAGCCAUGGCAAAGCUUGGCACUCGAUUUUUAUGGUCCUAUUCCCCACUGUGGACAGUAUUUACUUGUGGUAACCGACACGUAUUCUAAGUUUCCUGAAGUGGAAAUUGUGAAGUCAACUUCAGCGAAGGCCUGUAUCCCUAAGCUAGACCGUAUAUUUGGAACUCACGGCAUUCCAAAAACAAUUAAAACUGAUAAUGGCCCACCUUUUAAUGGGGAUGACUUCAAAAGAUACAUGGCUGCCUUGGGAGUCGAAUGGACCAGAAGCACUCCAUUAUGGCCCCAAGGGAAUGGUAAUCGGAGGAGUGAUGAAGCCGCUAGGAAAAGUGAUAAAGACUUCUGUGUUAGAGGGAAAGAAUUGGAGACAAGAACUUCAACGAUUCUUAUUAAAUUAUCGCUCAACGCCGCAUGCCACUACUAA